AUGAAAUUCUCUUUCGAAGGAGAUUCUGGGUAUCCCACUGAGAGACGAGGUUAUGGUGCACCGCGUGCUCCUUAUCGUGUUGGAGGCGAGCGCCGCCGUGGAGGUUUCAGCAAUGGUGAAGCUGGUGAAGAAGGCCGCCCACGUAGGACAUUUGAUCGCCACAGUGGAAGUGGACGAGGUGGUGGAUUCAAACGUGAAGGUGCUGGACGAGGCAAUUGGGGAACUCAAUCUGAUGAAAUUGCCCAGGUGACUGAGGAAGUGUCAAAUGAGCCUGAAAAGAAUGUGGCUGAGGAGAAGCCUGCUGGCAACGAAGAUGCCACAGCUGAAGGAAAUAAGGAUGCUCCUGCUAAUGAAGCUGAAGAGAAGGAGCCUGAGGAUAAGGAGAUGACAUUGGAAGAAUAUGAGAAAGUGCUGGAAGAGAAAAGGAAAGCCCUUCAGGCACUCAAGACUGAAGGAAGAAAGGUGGAUACUAAGGAGUUUGAAUCCAUGAAGCCACUUUCAUGCAAGAAAGAGAAUGACGAGAUCUUUGCUAAACUGGGAUCUGACAAGGACAAACGCAAAGAUGCUUUUGAGAAAGAGAAAGCAAAGAAGGCCUUGAGCAUUAAUGAGUUUCUGAAGCCUGCUGAAGGAGAGAAGUAUUACAACCUAGGUGGACGUGGUGGCCGUGGAGGACGUGGCGGCCGUGGUGGUUCAAGAGGAGGAGGUUAUGGUGGAAAUGCUUACAGCAAUGUCCCAGCCCCAUCCAUUGAGGAUCCUGGGCAAUUCCCAACCUUGGGUGGUGGCAAGUGAGAUAUUUCAGUACCAUUUCCCCCUAUCCCUUUAUUUACCUUCAAUUUUGGGUUUUCUUCUUUGAACUUCUUUUAAGACAUUUUUUUUUCUCUUAAACUUCUUAAGACAACUUUGGUUAUUGGAUUCUCUUGAGUUAGAAAGUUUAUUUAACAU